AUGAAUUAAUAGAUACCAGAGAUAUUAGACACAUAAGUAAAAUAAUUUGAUAAUAUCCUAAGAGUAUCCAAAAUAACUAAUAAUUUGUGCCGAGCAAUUCUUCAGUCUAGAACAAUUAGUAAGCACCAAGCAAUUUUGUGGGUUAGAACAUUUAGUAGUUUCCAUAAAUGUCUUAGCCUCCAGUUCAAUUUCCUAAUAAUCAAUUUGUAAAUAUUGUUCUCAUAUUAGGCCUAAAUUCCUUAAUUUCCUUCAUAAUUAAAUUAAUUCUAAUUCUAACCAAAUUUCAGCAUCCCUCCAGGAGCACAACCAAUGAUGCCUAGAAUAAAUACUCCAGGAAUAGGCCCUGGGAUGGGUCCUCCAAAUGUCAACCCUGCGAUGUUUCAAUUUCGUUAAAAUAAUGGUUAAAUUCCUCCACCAAUAUUUUAACAAAACCAGGUUAAUAGUAAUGAUGAUGAGGUAUAAAAAUUAAAAGAAGAUGUAAAAAAGAAAAACGAUGAAAUUUAAAGUUUAAAAAAUUAAUUAACUACCCUAAACGAGGCAAAUUAGAACCUUUAAUAAGAAUUCCAAGAGAGUAAAAAAGAGUUAAAAGGAACUUUAUAAAAAUCCAAAAUAUCUUUUAACGAUGAAAUCGAUAAGUCUAAACAAUAAUUAUACAAUUACCAAUUAAAGUGUGAGGAGUUAGAGGAAAAAGAAAGAAAACAUAUACAAGCAAACAAAAAAUUAUAAGCAGAAGUUAAUAUUUUAACAGAUGAAAUUCAAUGUUACAUAGAAAAAUUAAACAGCUUGGGUUAAGAAAGUUAGAUAAAAGACUUUCGGAUGGAUAAUACGAUGAAAGAUUUAAAAGAUGAAAAUGAUUAACUUAAAUCUAAAGUAGUCGCUUAAGAUAGAGAAAUUUAAUAAAAAGCUUAAUUGAUUGAGACACUAUAAACAAUCAACUAAGAAUACAUUGAAAAGGAAUCUUAUAUCCACAAUAUUUCUUCAAAGACUGAUGAGGCUAAUUUACUUUAAUUAAAUAAGGAAUUAGAAAAUAAUAUCAGAAUUAUUGAAUAUAAUUAUAAAGAACUUGAGACAAAUUACAAAAUGCUUCAAAUUGAUAAUAAAGUGCUUUAAGAUAAAGCAACAUACUAUGAGGAAUGUAUAGAAGAGUUGAGAGGUAAAUUAGAAUAGAAUUAAAAUAAUAAUUAAAAUGUUGAGAAUAACGAAAUCUAAUCAUUUAUAAAAGAAUUUCAAUAAAGAUAAUAAGAUGUCAAAAAUAAAUAGUAGGAUGAUAUGAAAAGAGCUAAAGAGAUAUUAUUAUAAAAAAAAUAAUAGGAUUAAUAAGAAUAAGAGCUAAGAAACAUUGAGGGGAAAAAGAGAAUGUAAGAACAGAUAUAAAAGGCUGGUAAAAUAUAAUGCUGUUUUGUUACGGAUCUAUUUAAGUAAAUUAGUAUAAUAAUAUAGAUCAAAUGAAAAAACAGCCAAAGCAAUCAUAAAUGCUGCUAAAUCGUGCUAAAAGUUGAUUAAAACAAAUACCAAUAGACAUUCUUUUUGGGGAGCUGUUUGUUACGGCUAUUCAAAGAACGGAUUCCAAAUGAAAACUUAAGAAUUUAGUAAGUCAUCUGAAGAUAUAUCAAAUUUUUUAUCAAGCUAGAAAUUAAAUCAAGAUAAUAAAGAUUAACCAGAAGACCUGAAAAGUGCCCUUUAAGCUAUGCUUAAAUUAGAUUGGACUGAACAAUAUAAGCUUGCUGUUUUAAUUCCAAAUUCACCCUGUCAUGGAAAAAAAUACCAUAAUCCUAAAAAAUAUUCUUCAUGGUUUGGUUUAAUUUCUGUUAAUUAUGAUACAAAACCCAAUGAUGAUAUGGAAAAUAUAAUUUAAGAUUUAAUUAGAAGACAAAUUGAACUCUUAGUGAUAAGAUUUAAUGAUGAGACAACUGUAAUGUGUAAUUAAUUGGAAAAAAUCUAUUAAGGCUAUAAUGCUGGUACUCUAUUUAACACGCUCUCAGUCAAAGGACUUGGUUCAAACAAUUCUGAUUAAUAGCUUACACAAAUGAUACAAAAAAUGGUUGGCCACAUCAUAGGAACUAAUAAUCUCAAAACAAAAACUAAAAUCAAUUAUUAAAUCAGAAAUCACAAUUUUGAGGAAGGACUAAUUGACAGGAGAAAUUUAAAAGAGGAAGUAAUCAUAAUAAAUAAAGAUCUAUAAUAAGAAAUUUAGAAAUAAGGAGAAAAAUAAAAAGGAAAUUUGCCUGAAGUUUCUGUUUAAGAUGCAAUAGAUGAUAAAAAUAAAUUUGAAGAUGAAUUAUAAAAAAAUUAAGAUUGUUAAGAUGGGGCAUUGCAAGCAUUAUGUAAACAGAAAGAUAUUGGUAAUUUUUAGGCUAAGGUUUAAUGUGUGGAUUUUAAUUGUAAGGUUUAUUCUGUCGAACUUAAGUAAGCAUCAUUUGAAUCGAAAAAAGAAAAUAUUGAAAAAAUUAGAUAUGAAGAAAAUGAUUUUGAUUUAAAAGAAUAAGCUCAAUGGCAAUGUAUUAGGACAAAAAAUCCAUUUGCUUUGGGAAUGAUGAAGAAAGUUUAUUUAAUGAAAAAAAAAAAUAAUACUAAUGAAAUUUAUGUUGUGAAAAUACCAAUUCAAAAAGGGACUUACAACACCUUAUCAGAUGCAGUUAAUGAUUGCAGAUCUCACUUAAUUGCUAAAAAUCUGAUGAAAAUCUUUAUUGAAAAACUCACAAAUGUGAAGGAGAAAACACCUUAAGUUUAGUAUACACAGUUCUUAAUUUUGGAAGAAAAUUAGAGUAAAAUUUAUUAUAAUUUAGAUAAAUAUUGGAUAGCAGAAAGAUAUUUUGAGGGAGAUUUUAAAAAAUACAACAAUAAUGAUGGUUAUAUAAGUGAUGAAAAUAGCGAAUUGAAUGCCAUCUCUUAGGGCUUCUCCUUCUUUACUUAUUAGGUGAGCUAGUUUAGCUACAUCAUUAAUGAUAUAUAAGGAAUUAAUAAUUAUUUGACUGAUCCAGCUAUUAAUACUGUUAAAGGUACAAAUAAAUAGCACACUAAAUUUAGGUAAUUUUGACGAAACAGAUGUUGGAGAAGAUGGCAUUUCAAAUUAUUUGACAAUUUUUUAAGCAAAAAAAGCAUUAUGUGAAUAGUUAUUAAAAUCAAUAGGUAUUGAAAUCGAUUGA